CAAUAAAUUAUGCAAUUGUUGCACAUUUUCACACUUGAAUCUUCUCCCAGUGGUUAAUUGUGUUUGUGUAUUUGGUUUCUGUGCUUUAUUACAGUAGAUAAAUGUUCAAAUGUUAAAAAUAAAUUCCUUCGUUGUGGCUGUUGUUAAAAGGCGCAAUGGAAGAGGAAAUUGGCACUUGGGACUCGGUGCUGCUGGAGAAUCUCUCCGAGGAUAGUUUUAUCAGCAAUAUACAUCAGCGCUAUAAGCGUGACUAUAUUUAUACGUAUAUUGGAACCUCUGUGGUCGCAUUAAAUCCAUAUCAUCACAUAUCCGAGCACUCGCUGGACAAUGUGCGCAACUAUGGCAAUAAAGGCAUCUUUCAGCUGCCGCCUCACAUUUACGGGCUUACCAAUCUUGCGUACCAGUCGCUUAAAGAUCAGAGCGAGGAUCAGUGCGUUUUGCUCACUGGCGAAAGCGGAGCGGGGAAAACAGAGACAUUUAAAAUGAUUGUCAAUUUCCUAACCCACAUACAAGAACGCUCGCUGUGCAGCACACCGAAUGUCCUGCGAAAGCAAUCCUCUACAAGCUCAACAAGCAGUGGUGUUGUGCAUUCUCAUCGUCGAGCAUCCAGCAGUUGCUCGGGUACUGCCAACUUUAUUAUUUGCAAGAAUCGAGUGGAUAAUCCUUCUGUCGGAAUUUCACGCCGUCAGUCACCAUCCCCGGGACCUUCGCAACGAUCCAGAACGAGAGCCGAUAGCAUAGAACGACAGACCAGGCGAAAUAUUCGUGAAAAAAUUGUCGAUUUUGAUUUCUCACAUCACAAGAGCAGCGAAAACAUUAGUGUACUAAAUGAAUCGCAUGCCCAUCAUUUGCAUCCAGCCAAGUCGUGCUUUAAGCAUCAACAGACUCAAGCUAACGCCUGCCUAGCCACGCCCAUUGCCUUGAAGGCAGGCGGCUGUAGCAGUAGUUCACCCAAAUAUAUGCUGACUGCUUAUGGCAGUGGCAGUGGCAGUGGGUGUCGUCAGUGUGGUCACAGUAAAUGCAUACGAGCUCAGAGCCUGGAGAAAGAGGAGCAAGCCCUGCGCGGCAGUAAUAGUCGUUUGGCCAGUGUCCAUAAAAUGCAGCCGCAACGUGGGAGUUGUUCGAAUCUUAUACGGCAGCAUUCAACGGAGAGUCAGCCAGAACGAGAACGAGAUCGACAUUCUCUAAUGGGCUCCACGCAGCGCAUUUCCUUAUAUGACGCCCACAAGAUAAGUAAAGUCUUGGCCGAACUGCCCCAGCCACCGCCGCCAACAAGUAGCAUCUCCCCGACACCCUCCGCCAGCUCGUCGCUUCAUCGACGUCACAAAUCUCCAAGUCAAAGAUUACGUGAAUGCGUCACCUGUGCGGAUGUCUUUCUGGAAGCCAUGGGUAAUGCCUGUACUCUGAAAAACAAUAACUCCAGCCGAUAUGGUAAACUAUUUGACAUUGAAAUCGAUUUUAAGGGCGAUCCUAUGGGGGUACACAUCACACACUAUAUGUUGGAAAAGACUCGAAUAACAGAUACUACUAUUGGCGAGCGAAAUUUUCAUAUUUUUUAUCAAUUAUUAUUGGGAGCCGAUCUUCAAUUACUAAAAUCCCUUAAACUCUACCGUAAUGUAGAGAGAUACGAACUGCUGCGCAACACAACUGCCAUGGAGGAGGAUCGUUCCAAUUUUCAUUAUACAAAGCGAUCCCUGGAUGUUCUGGGUCUUUGCUGUGAUGAGAUUAACUCAAUUUUUCGCGUCAUUGCCGUAGUUUUGAAGCUUGGAAAUUUUAUUUUUGUGCCUGUGACGAAUAUUGAUGGCACCGAGGGAUGUCAGGUUUCCAAUGUUUAUGAGGUUCAAGAGACAGCCCAGUUGCUUAAUCUCGAAGCUCAAGUUCUAAUCAAUUGCCUUACAAGAGCAAAUAGUUCAAACAGCAGCCAUGAGGAUGUGGGCAGCGAAAUGGAUGCUCGACAGGCGGCCAGUAAUCGUAACACACUCUGCCGGACACUUUAUAGUCGCCUUUUCACAUGGCUAGUUAACAAAAUUAAUGAAACACUCAAGUCCAACCAGCGCGAAAAGAAUUUAGCCUUACUGGAUUUCUAUGGAUUCGAGGUUCUUGAUCAUAAUUCCUUUGAACAGUUUGCCAUCAAUUACAGUGCAGAGAAGAUACACCAGAAUUUUGUUUUCCAUGUUUUGCGCUCGGAACAAGAGCUUUAUAUGCGUGAGGGUCUGGAAUGGUCGCGCAUUGAUUAUUUUGAUAAUGAAUCUAUAUGCGAGUUGAUCGAUAAGCCCAGCUAUGGUAUAUUAAGUCUGAUCAAUGAGUCACAUUUAAGUAACAAUGAGGCAUUGUUGCUGCGUAUCCAACAAUGUUGUGCAGGACAUCCAAAUUUUAUGACCAGCGGUAGCAACUCUAUGUGCUUUCAAAUUCGUCAUUUUGCCAAUGUGGUGAACUAUUCGAUUAAUCGCUUUUUAGAGAAAAACUCGGAUAUGUUGCCAAAAUAUAUAAGUGGUGCUUUCUAUCAGAGUAAACUAUCGUUGGUUCAAAGCCUCUUCCCAGAGGGAAAUCCCCGCAGGCAAGCCACGAAAAAGCCAUCGACACUAGCUUCUAAUAUACGCACUCAACUGCAGACACUCCUCGCGAUUGUUAAACAUCGACGUACACACUAUGUGUUCUGCAUUAAGCCCAACGAGGGCAAGCAACCGCAUCAGUUUGAUUUGGCCUUGGUGCAGCAUCAGGUUCGCUACAUGUCAUUAAUGCCUUUGGUACAUCUCUGUCGCACUGGCCACUGUUUCCAUCUGUUGCACGUAAAGUUCUUUCAUCGCUACAAGUUGCUCAACAGUCUCACCUGGCCGCAUUUCCAUGGCGGCAGUCAGGUGGAGGGAAUCGCGCUUAUUAUACGCAAUCUGCCUUUACCCUCAGCCGAGUUUACCAUUGGCACCAAAAAUGUGUUCGUGCGUAGUCCCCGCACUGUUUACGAGUUGGAGCAGUUUCGUCGCCUGCGUAUCGGCGAGCUGGCCGUACUCAUACAAAAGAUGUUUCGCAUGUAUCAUGCGAGGAAACGAUACCAGCGGAUGAGGCACAGUCAGAUGGUUAUCUCCAGUGCCUGGCGAACGUGGCGUGAAUGCCGUUUUGGUAUUCCUUUCACGGGUCGUAGACAUCUGUGGAGUUUAUAUCGUGUUGCCCGCGAAGAGUAUCGUUCGCUAAAGUACAAACGGCAAGUUAAAUGGGCGAUCGAUGUAAUCGGUCGCUACUAUCGUCAAUGGAAGAUACGUCAGUUCCUGCUUACCAUACCACUGCGUCUGCCGCCCAAUACAUUGAGUCCGCUAUCCACAGAGUGGCCAGCAUCUCCUGUCUUUUUGGCCGACGCCUCGCGAUUAUUGCGCUCCAUUUAUCAUCGCUGGAAAUGCUACAUCUAUCGGAACUCUUUUGAUCAAACUGCUCGCAAUCGUAUGAGAGAAAAGGUGACAGCCAGCAUUAUUUUCAAGGAUCGUAAGGCUUCUUAUGCGCGAAGUGUCGGCCAUCCAUUUGUGGGUGAUUAUGUUCGUCUGCGCCACAAUCAGCAGUGGAAGAAGAUCUGCGCCGAAACCAAUGAUCAGUAUGUCGUCUUCGCCGACAUAAUCAAUAAGAUAGCACGAUCGAGUGGCAAGUUUGUACCCAUACUUCUGGUGCUAUCCACUUCAUCGCUACUGUUGCUCGACCAGAGAACGCUGCAAAUCAAGUACAGAGUGCCUGCCUCAGAGAUAUAUCGUAUGUCUUUGAGCCCCUAUCUAGACGACAUUGCUGUUUUUCAUGUGAAGGCGUCGGAGUUUGGUCGCAAAAAGGGAGAUUUUGUAUUUCAAACGGGCCAUGUUAUUGAAAUUGUUACGAAAAUGUUUCUGGUUAUACAAAAUGCCACAGGCAAACCACCAGAGAUACACAUAAGCACAGAAUUUGAAGCGAAUUUUGGCCAACAGACUGUCAUCUUCUCGUUUAAAUACGGUGGCAUGUCGGAUUUAGCACAAGGCCCGCCAAAGGUCACGCGCAAGGGAAAUCGCAUGGAGAUUAUUGUAUGAUCCAAAACAAUAAGAACCUUUGGCUGUUAGACAAUUUUAAUUAGGCCAAAGUCGAGGUCCACAUAAAAGUUUCAAAAUUUGUACGAGUCAGCAUGCAAUUGCAUAUUUUAAUAUUUCAUACAUUUUGCAAUAUGGUCCUAGGGAUCAAAAUACAAAUGUUUAGUAAUAUCUACAUAAACAUACUCACACACACACACACACACACACACACACCUAUACAGACAAAGACAAGUUUAGUUCAACAGACAAUCAGAAUAAACCAAUUUGUUGUCAAAAUUGUGCCAAACGAUUGAACCGAUUCAAGAAACUAAAGUUGUGCCAAUAUCUAAUUUAAAAUUGCACUAUUUCGUGUUUUAAUCUUAUCAUUGUAAACGAAAUUAAUUGGCCACUGAAUUUUUAUAUUAAUGUGCAUAUGCAGGGACGGAUUAAAUGUUUGUUCCCAAAAUCAGUACAAUGUCUCAAAAAAACAAAAAAAAAAUUGCAAUCCAAUUUUAAUUCAAAUUUGAAUAUUUUUUAUGUAUUCUACACCCAUAUGCAUUAGAGAAUAUGCAUUCCUAUCCUUUAACAUACAAUUCAUAGUUAAUAUUAAAUGAGAUCUCUUUUUACCAUCCGUCUCUGUAUAAAUGCACAGAAUUUUUUCAAAUUAGUUUUAAGUGUAAGCCAAGCACCAAGUCUAUUAGCAUUGCAAGUGCAAGAAUAAGUACAUACGUAUUUAAUAUGAGGCCCAGACAGACAAACAUACACACAUACAUACAUACAAUGUGGGACAGAUACCAACCACAGACAGAAAGAAGUUUUAACACAAACUAUAUAAUGUUUCCGGUAUAGAAACCAAGGCAUUUCUUCUAUAUUUAAGGUUUCAUACACAAUAAUUAGUAAACUAAUGCUAGAAAACACAGAUUAUAUAUCUAUAUAAAUCUGUACAAAUAAACCAGAGAAACACAAAUUAAAUUCCAUAUACAAUAAAUUGCUAUUUACGACGUCUCCAAAAAACCGGACACAGAAUAAGAGAGAAAAAAGAUAAACUUUUCCCACAAAAAAAUGAAAAACAAAAUGUUAAUUAAGUAACACUAUUUACAAGACAGAUGAUGUGUAGUUAAAUAUUGACAUAUAUAUACAUAUAUAUAUAUAUAUAUACAACAUAUAUGAGAAUUAAUAAUGAAUCUAUAUGUAGAAACCGACAAACAAAUUAUAUGAAAGUUUGUUAUAGAAGAACGUAACGUACGUAGUUGUUUAAUUAUAACUUGUUAUUGAUAGUUCGGAA